AUGGCGGCGCACACAGGCUGGAAGUCGGACGAGCUGAAGUAUUUUUACACUCAAAGAGACAAAGUAUAUGUACAGUAUUGGCAGAAUAUGCAUUGUGGUAGUUAGCGCAAUUGUGUGUUUUUGUCAGAAAUGUGUUACAACUGAGAUCUUGUAUGACGAGGAUGACGGCCCCCAUGUUAACAGCCAGGAAACAACACCAUGCGUCAUGACUGACGUGAUUUCUGUAUUCCUCUAGAACUUUCCCAGGACCGCUGAUACACUUGGGACCCUGCUGGCGAUGAUGAUGAAAGUGGAGGGGUUGCAUUCAGCCCCGUUUGGAUCGGAGGGGGCUAAAGAGGGGAGAGUGUCCACCGAGGGAGUCGUGCUCCAGUGCUCAUGACUGCUGGGUGGUGACGGCUGCACGUGACCACAAAGCGAAGGCGAGCGGCAAGCAGCAACAAAUCUCAAGAGUGGUUGGCAUGCGGCGAGCGGCGAGGGCCAGGAAACAGCUGAUGAUGAAGGAUUAGGGUCGGCCCAGUGGAAUGGAGCCGACCGAGGAGUUCGUACGUACCAGGAGUCUGAUGCACGCUGAGAAACAUCCUAAAAGGAUUUAUCUGGUAAAGAGAAGAAGUCAUGGUUCCAUCAAUCACAGCAAGUCAUCCAGCUCCUGAAGAAGUACAACAAUGACAUUUUGAGAAGGGAGCUGAUACUUAUUCGCACCACUGUGUGUGUGUGUCUGUGUGUGUGCGUGUGUGCGUGUGGAAGCUUUAAUUGUGUUGAGAUUUGUCCUGUUUUGGAUCUCAGAGGAAGGUCACGUUAAUGCACUCACGUACCUUACAAGAGCAGGCCAGGUGAGUCUCAGGUAAGGGGUGACGUCAUCAUGGUACUUUUGAACUCCUCGGCUGUAAAUCUAUAAAGGUGUGUACUUGCUGCUCAGGAAGCUGGCCAUUGUGUGUGUAUGUGUGUGUGGAGUCAGUGUGGAGGGAAAACAAGAGGCAUCGAAGUUGCUGGGAAUAAACACCUAAAAUGCUCCAGGAGAUUUGAGUGGUUUACCUGAGAAAGGCUGCUGGUAGCCAGCAUGUAUCCUAACUCCCAGCCGGCCAGACUCCCGGCCCAGACGCUGCCUAUCAACAGUCAGUACGUGGUGCCAACGUAUGAAUUCACAGCUUACCAUCACAUGCCGGGAGUCGCCGACCCCUCCGGAAGUGUCUGGAAUCCGGUUUACCGCGAGGAAUACCCGUUCACCUUCCCUGCUUCGAGCACCGGCGCCGGGCAUGUGAAUUUCAACUCAGCAGAACUGAGCGACAUGCCCACUAUCCCUGGAGGAGGAGGCCUCAACCCCUACAAUCUUUUCUCCAGUCAGGACCCUUUUUGCUCCCGGAGGAGACCCCAUGAGCCCGUCAAGGUGCUCGCACCCGCAGGAGGAAAGACUCGCACAAAGGACAAAUACAGGGUUGUGUACACGGACCACCAGCGCCAGCAGCUGGAGACUGAGUUUCAGUUAAACCGCUACAUCACAAUGAGGCGCAAGUCUGAGCUGUCCAUGACACUGAACCUCUCCGAAAGACAGGUGAAGAUCUGGUUUCAGAACAGACGUGCCAAAGAAAGGAAGAUAAACAAGAAGAAGCAGCAAGAUUCCCAGCAGCCCACCACGUCCACCUCCACCCCACCUGUGCCCACUGGAUCCAUUGAUGGCCACAACGCAUCAAGCCCAAGCAGCAUCAUUCCAUCCAGUGCUUUAUCAGAAGGAUACAAGAUGGAGUUCAUAUGACAAUAAAACUUUUUCUUUAUUCUACAGAAUGAAAGAAGUGAUCAGUGAAAUGGCAAAAUGCAUUUCACAAUAAGGGCAUUAGUCGGAAAUGAACUAUCUGACAACUUUAAUCUGUGAAUGUGGAUCAGCCCACAGAUACUGUUAAGACCUCAAAUUAAUAAAUGCAACCAUACAUGCUUUAAUUUGGAAAUAGUCACGAUGAAGAAAAACUUAAAAACAAUGUUUGACAAUGUUGGGAUUUCUAUAUAAGUUCAGAUAUUAUGUGUCUGCGAAGCAGCAAAGACUUUUUCUGUUUGCUAUGCGCUCUAUAUGUAACAAUGUGAAUUGCACUAGAGCACAUAAGGAGAUAACACAGUGACAUAACAGACUUGGCGCUCAUUUUGAUGCAUCCAUCCAUUUUCCAUACGGCUUCUCCUCACUAGGGUCGCAGGCGUGCAGGAGCCUAUCCCAGCUAUCUUCUGACGCCCUGAACUGGUCACCAGCCAAUCGCAGGGCACAUAUAAACAAACAACCAUUCGCACACACAAUCACACCUACGGGCAAUUUAGAGUUGUCAAUUAACCUACCACACAUGUUUUUGGGAUGUGGGGGGGAAACCGAAGUACCCGGAGAAAACCCACACAGACACGGGGAGAACAUGCAAACUCCACACAGGCGAGGCCGGAUUUGAACUCGGGUCUUCAGAACUGUGAGGCAGAUGUGUUAACCAGUCGGUGCCGUGCCGCCCAGUUUGACGCAGUCAAAUAAUAUUUGUAUGUAUUGGAAACAGAAAGUGAGAACCGAGAAUGCUUCAUUUGUCACAAUUAAGAAAAGAUGAGUUUUUACAUCCAUUUUGCUACAGAAAAUAAGUGAGAAAAGCAACUGCGCAGUAUUUCACGAGUUCAGUUUUUAUAUUAAGACUUGAAUAUAUUACAAAUGUAAAAAGUUUGUUUGUGUGGUGAAUGUGUACAGAAUGUGUGGAUUUGAAAGGAAGAAAACAUUCGUGAAAGGGAUAGGCUGCAGCACACCAGUGACCUUGGAUGAAAGGUGCAAAGUUUUGGGCUAAUGGAGAAGUUUUAGAAAGCCACAUCCUGACGAGCAACCACAGAUUGCUCAAGAGCAUGUGACUGAGGAGCGAGCGGCCUUUACACCACAUGCACGCACGCACGCACGCACGCACACACACAC